GUUGACGAUGUCCGAGAAACGGACAAACGUUUUUCGAUUGUAAAGUGGCAGAUAAUCUAGUCGUCGUAACUAACUCCCAGUCACGCUAUACAAUAAGAACCCAACACCACCCAAAUACCUAAAAUCAUUAUCAUGGCGACCAAUAAAGACUUCCCGCCAAUCCGCGCCUGCCUCUUCGAUAUGGACGGCCUCCUCCUUGACACCGAAGACCUCUACACCCUCUGCAUAAAUCUCGUACUCGAGAAAUACAACCGGCCCAACCUUCCCUGGACCAUCAAAGCGAAACUCCAAGGCCGCCCCGGCCCGCAAGCAAAUGAGAUAUUCCACCAGUGGGCCAAACUGCCCAUCCCUGAGGACCAAUACCUCGCUGAAUUUACCGCCCUACAACGCCAGCACUUCCCUUCCGCGAAGCCGCUCCCAGGUGUCGAAAAGCUCCUCGGUGAUCUGGGAAGGACGCGAUACUGGGAUUUGAAGAGCGCAAAGGUCGACGAGAAGGCGGAGAAGAAACCGCAUCGAGUCCACAUCGCGCUGGCGACGAGCUCACAUGCGGGGAACUUUGCGAUCAAGACGAAGCACCUGACGGAGCUGUUUUCAGUAUUUGAGACGGAUCGUCGGGUGUUGGGGGAUGACAAGCGCAUACAGCCUGGUCGGGGAAAGCCGUUGCCGGAUAUUUAUGUCUUAGCGCUGAAGACGAUCAACGAUGGGCUGCCGGCCGGAGAGAAGCCUAUUGUUCCUGCGGAGUGCCUGGUAUUUGAGGACAGUGUAGCCGGUGUAGAGAGUGGGAGACGGGCGGGCAUGCGCGUGGCGUGGGUGCCGCAUCCGGAGUUGAAGAAAGUCUAUGCAGGUCGGGAAGAGGAGAUCUUGGCAGGGCGCAUGGGAGAGGCGGGCGACGUCGAUGUGCAUCAGUUGGGUGAGAUUGGUGAUGGCUGGGCGGACUACAUGGUGGACUUGGUUAAUUUCCCAUAUGAGAAGUAUGGUAUUGUAGUCCCGCCGGCUGAGGUGGAGCUUGAGCCUGAGAUGAAGGAGAAUGUGGGUGAAGGAUUGGUGGCUGAGGACUCAAAGGGCACAUUAUAGACUGGACGUAAGACGUCGAUGGGGUUCACGAAAGAUAUAUUCUGAUGGCUGAAAUAGACGUUUAGAGUAGAGCAUUGCAUGAAACUAGAGUGGGUUAAUGCUAUGCUUACACUUUU